AUUAUGGCUUAUGUUUCCGGGUUCAGUUGUAGCUGAUCAGACGUGCAGGCGAUCAGAGCCGUGGAAUUUAAUAUACAGUGUAAUUUUUCCUUCCACUUGUUUCCUUCUUGGUAUAGCUGGAGUUAGCGUUGACGUCUAAACACAAACAUGUUCCACUCUGAUAAACCGGCGCGCCGCCCGCCGCCAUUCGGACCUCCAGCACCUCAGGGCCCUCCUUUCGCUUUCAGGGGACCUUGCUCUGUUCCUCCACCCGGACAGCUACCCCCCGGAUCCCGCGGACCUUUUUCUACCUCAGCAUCGGACAGCCGUUAUCUCCACAACACGCCGCCAAGAGGGCAUUUCAUCAGACCCCACUGUAGCAGCUUCGCCAUAGACCAUAGUACAGUGAUUGGUUUGGGCAGCAGCCAGCAGAUCAUCCUUCCUGCAGAACCACCACACCAUCAGGUGCCACAAUGGAAUCCCUCUCCUGUGAAACAUCACCAUUCAGACAGCAGUGACCGAGCUGGUGAGGAAUUCCUGAGGUGCAUUGCAGAUAACAAACCUCUUCCAGACUAUCUCAAAGGGAACAUGGCAUACAACCUGGCUGAUGCAUUUAAGUCAGCUAAUGUCCUGAAAGAAGCAGUCAGAUCAGACCUUCAGUACCAGAAGCAUGUGACCAAGAGGAAGAGCCGUAGUCGAAGUCGUGGCAGAAGCCGUGGCAAAUCUCGAGGCAAAAGCCAAGUGCGCAGCCGAAGCAAAGGAAGGAGCAAAAGCCGUGUUCGUGGGACGAGUCGAGCUAGAAGCAAAAGCAGGGCUCGAAGUUGGAGUCACGGCAGAGGCAAGAAAACAAGCCAUGUGCGGAGCAAGAGCCGAGCCCGAAGGUCCAAGUCACGCAGUGGCAGUAGUGAGAACGACGACCGUGGCAAAGGCAAAAAGAGAAAGAGGAGCCCUGUCCACAGCAGCAGUAAUGUCCUCACAAGGAACAGUCUGUUGGAAGGACUGAAGAUAGUCAUGAACAGCAAGGAGAUGGAUGCUCGUUUGCCCACUCUUAAAGAUGCCAUCCUCACUAUUAAGGCCUCAGAUGAAAGCAAAAGCGUGAGUUGUCUGUCCAGUGCGCAUGCAUGUCAGCAAUAUGAUAUUAAGGAGAAUUCCACAUUGCUGGAAAACGACAGCAUGCUGCUUCCCCAUGACAGAGUAGUCAGUGACUUCUCUUGGCUCCAAGGGGAGAGUCAGGACUUCUCAGACCAGAAAGCAGAUGAGCUUGAAGAUGAAGAGUCAUUCUUGUAUGGGAAUCAAUCGUCGUCCCAGAUUGGAGGACAGGACAAUCUACAGGAAAUGGCUGCUCUUGGCAGUCAGCAACUUCAACAGAGCCAGUCCUUAUUGAGUAGCUUCGGGGAUCUGCUUCAUCUGAAGCAACCCCUUCAAAUUGAUUCGUCCACUUUAGCUUCCUCCAGUCUGGAAGGCAUAGAAUGUGAGAAAAUCAAAAAAAUAUUAAAGAGUCUGGGAGCAUCAUCAGACAUCAGUGAGACCGUGAAGAAGGAGGAGGAGUUUUCUCCUGCACUUUUCAGUUCAGACACAGCAGCAAGCUUGCCGUUGUCAGCAAUGAGUAACCCGAAUGUACGACAAUCUCUGGAGUCCCUACAGUCUCUCAUCAAAGCUACAAAGGAGAAACGGGCAAGAGGUGAUGGCAGUCAUACAUCAUGUGAUAAACAGAAGCCAGGUAACACUGAGGAAAGGAAGAGAGAGAAACAAGCCAUAAUAAGUAAAAUGGAAUCCAUGGCAAAACAGCUGGAGGAGUUGUUAAAACAGGAUGAACUGGGUUUUCUUACUCCAGUGAUAGGGUUUUACUGCCAAAAUUGUGAGGAAUUCCUUGGAGAUUUGAAUUCUGCAGAAAGGCAUGCAGUCGUUCACCGAAACAGUAACUCUAGCAGUCAAAGUGUGCAGAUGGACAAGCAUACUAAAGACCGCAAAGGACACACACAUCAUUGCAGCCCUACCAGAAACCAAAACCCGCAGCCAUCAGACAGUAGAAAUCACCGGGACUACAGUCACCAUACAAACUCAGGAGACCACUGGAACAGCAGAGACUUCCAAAGAAACUAUAAAGAUGAGAGAGAUUACAGAAGCCAACGCCCCAAUGAUGACCACUUAAGCAACAGGGCUGGACAGGACAAUAUCUCCUUGAAAGAGGAAAUGAAAAGGGAGAGGAUGCUUAUCACAGUAUCCCGUGGACUGACCCCUCCACCUUUAAACAUCAGGGUCAAAGAUGAGGCGAACAAGGAGGUAAACAAGGAGCAGGCCAUUAAAAGACAAAGCAAAGACAAAGCAGAAGUUGCAGACAGCAAGGAAAAAUCAUCUAAGGACAGCCAAGACAAAGACAGAAAGGAAAAAGCUGAAAGCAGUGACAGUAGUGAUACUGAUCAAGGGAAAUCUAAAUCAAAGCAGCCUAAAAAAAAGAAGAAAAAGAAGAAGGAGAAAAAGAAGAAGAAGAAGGCAGAUAAGUCCUAAGUGUUACUGAUUCCUCCUUGUGUUUAAAGGAACACUCUGACAUGUCAGGGAGUGCAUUUGUUAGCUGUAAACUAUACCAAAAGAGAAUAGAAUUGUCACUUUCAUCUUUGUGCGUCUUGUACAGAAAUAGAUCUUAGCUAAAGUUAGAACCAAGAUUUCAAAUUUUGAGUUAUUGGAGGUAAUUUUCUUCUGCUGCCAGAGCUGCUCCUGUUGUUGGUGCCAAAUCUAGGCAUUUUGGUCUGGUCCCUGAAGUAGACACACAGCAAUGACACCGAUACCAUUGUUCUCAUUCAACUGCUAGUAACUAGACAUACAGAUGCAUGGUCCAUGAUGUCCGUGUGCUCCUUCUGUGUGUCCAUGGCUACCUACAGAUUGUUACACAGAAUUAUGUCUGGCCUUUUCCCACACAUUUCCACACAUCCUGGCUUCAUUUUUUUGUUAAAUGUUUGAGAAAAGAAAUCCUGAGUUGUUGGUAGGAUUGCCACUAUUUAAGUAUUUCCAAAGGACAAACUGUAUAUUAGCAUUAGGAAUGUGUUAUGUGUAUUAGAAAUUGUUAGUACUUGUCUACAUUUUUAUCUGAAAUACAAGAUGGCACACUCAACUUUCUCCUGUGACAUGUAGAUUGAAGGAAAAACAUUUGUAAAUUUAAUAAAAUAUAUUUAAAGGUCAA